AUUAGCUUAAUAAUACUUAGCUUCAUAAUAAUUCAUCUUUACCAGACACCUAUCGUCAAUGGAUACUUUGAGAGCUGGAGGAGAUAAUUCUAUAAAAUUCCGCUGAGCCAUUCAAAUUCAAAGAUAGAAAAACAAGUUUGUGCCAUUAAUGGCAAGUCUCACAUGCCAUAGGCGAGUAAUUAAAAUUAAGGACUCAAGUUUUUGUUUGACAAUUUCAAAAAAUUCCUAUCACAGAAAAAAAUAUAAAUAGCAAAAAAAAGCCACCUUAAUGUGAAUAUAUUGUUGGUUAGAAGGCAGCUCACCAAUACAUAAUGCCAGUUUAGUUUGCGUUCGAUGAGAUUGCACAAAUACAAACGCAUUUCACUUAUUUUUUGGAUGAUCUACCAAUACAUAUUGGUAAUUUACAUAAGUAUAUAGAGAAAAAGAAAGCGAAUAAAGUUAUCCGCCAUUGUAUUCAGCGGUUUUAUUCAGUAUUAUUCUUCUUUCAGACAGUUGCUAAAAACAAUUGCCAAAAGCCGAAGUCAAUUCGACUCAAGUAUCCACUUAGAAGAGAUCUAGAAAGAACAUUACCAAAGUUUUUAUUUUUACGCAGUUGCAAUUGCAAGUGAGUUCCAGUUUUGAACAUAAAUUAUUAUUUUUGUUCCAGACAGUUUCUAAAAACAAUUGCCAAAAGCCGAAUGCAAUCCAAAUAUCCACUAAGAAGAGAUUUAGAAAGAAAAUUACCAAAGUUUUUACGCAGUUGCAAGUGAGUUUCUGUUUUGAACAGGAGAUACCUUUAAUUAUUAACAUUAUUCAAGUACCUACGAACAAAACAGUUGCUAAAAACAAUUGCCAAAAGCCGAAGUCAAUUCGACUCAAGUAUCCACUUAGAAGAGAUCUAGAAAGAACAUUACCAAAGUUUUUAUUUUUACGCAGUUGCAAUUGCAAGUGAGUUCCAGUUUUGAACAUAAAUUAUUAUUUUUGUUCCAGACAGUUUCUAAAAACAAUUGCCAAAAGCCGAAUGCAAUCCAAAUAUCCACUAAGAAGAGAUUUAGAAAGAAAAUUACCAAAGUUUUUACGCAGUUGCAAGUGAGUUUCUGUUUUGAACAGGAGAUACCUUUAAUUAUUAACAUUAUUCAAGUACCUACGAACAAAUUUGAGCACUAUCAAAAAUUGAGGAAAAAUAUUCAAAUAUGGAUUUAGUCCGAGAAAAAUUAAAAAAUUGGAAUAUGGAGCACUUAACAGACGCUUUUAUAAAUUGAUGUAGUGUCCAUCGACACGCUAUCUGAUGUUACCCAGCCACUUUCUCCCUGGACUUCAAGCUCAAUCGAGAUUGAAAACAUAGAAGACUUGGAUAAAACUCUUCAAUUUGUCCUAGAAGAUCAAUCAAACCCAAAUUGUUCAAACAAAAACCAUACAUCUGUUUCUAAAGGAACAGUUAAAGAAUAUCUAUCUCAUGGUGAAGGCAAAGUGCUAAAAACAUUUUUUAAAUCACACGGAAAACUAGACCAAUUUAACAGAAAUCGUUUAGCAUCAAUUAUCAUUGCUAAGGAGUUUGAGUUGGUUAACAGUUCAAAUGAAAAUGACUUUAAAAUAACCACAGAAAGAUUUAAAGAACUCACACAACAAAUACUCGAAAUUUUUCCUACUGAAUCACCAUCUAUAUACUUCAACCCAUAUAUGAAAGACACAAAACGAAGGGCAUCUGGAAAACUGUGGGAACGAUUGCAAACAUUUAAAAAAACAAUUCGACGAUCUAAGGCACUUUCAAUCCAACAUUCAGAUUCAACACCAACUAUUAAAACCUCGGAAAUUGAAAAAAUUAAUGAAAAAUUACAGUUCCUUUAUAACUAUCUAGAACCAUAUGAUAAAAUUGUUGAAUUUUGGAAUGAUACUGUAGAAGCAAGGGCUGAACUUUUUAAACCAGAAUCAAAUCUAACAAUAGGUUCAUAUGUGGACAAAUUUCCUAUUUUAAAGAGUGCUGAAGGAUAUAAACUUUAUAAAAUAGAUUUUGACCAUUACUACAAGGACAAAUCAAACAAUUUGCUACACAAGUGGACUGAAAUAAACACGAAACUCAUAAACAUUGCUGAAAAGAAAAAUAAACCAGAAAUAAAGAAUCUUUUAACAUUUAAAAGCAACAUAAUUGGAUUCUUUCUUUUACCAUAUCUUUUAUCCACUCCAGUCUUAGGAAAAAGAAAACUUACACAGACUAAACGCAGCACGAAGCUUGAAAGUGCUGAUUCCUUUUUUAUUUUUGUUUCGUGCUCAAGCCGAAUUCAAGAAAAGUUGGUAGAGGUAAGGAGAUUGCUUCAAGUCAAUAAGCAAACCUUACAACCAACUGUAAUUCUUGUGGGUGAAAAUAAAGCUGAUAUCACGGAGGCAUAUUUAGCAAUUGAUGACAGUCUGUACAACUGCGAAGGUCCCAUAGAGGCAAUAGAUGCAUGCUUCAAGAGCUACACAGCAUUGAACGCCAAAUUUCCUGAGUCCGCACAUCAUAUUUGGAUGCUCAUCCAAAAGUACAUUUAUAAUAUCAGCACCGUACACGACAAAAAUUACACUACAGUUAACUCGCUAAUUAGCGACCUUACGUAAGUCCUUAGCAUUAUAAUUUUUUUUUUUGCUUAAAUAUAUUAAAAGUUAAGUUACUAUAAUUUAUUUUAAAUGGAGUGCUUUAAAUGCAAUGUAUUUCAUGCAUCAUUUCAAACUUAUGUUCAACACUUGAAACAUAAACAUAAAUAUGUAAAUAUAUAUAAAUGUCAAAAAUGUAAUGAAGAAAGAUCAUUUAUUUAUUUUAAUAGUUUUAAAAAACACAUAAGCAAGCAUUUUAUGAAUCCUUUGGAUAAAUUUGCAAAACAUUUAGGUGAAAAAAAUACUCACAUAAUUCCUCAUAAUACAAUUGAUGUGGAAAACCCAUUUCAAACCGGGGGUUCACUACAAAAUAUAAGCAUUAACAUUUUAAGAGAUAAUGCUAAUUUAGAACUCAUUUCGAACCUUUACAAGAAAAAUAGUAUAUGUAAAAAGGAUGUGCAGUACAUAGUAACAGCUUUUGACGCCUAUUUUAACAGCGAUUUCCUUAAAACUCUUUUUAAAGGUGUUAAUAAAAGUUAUGCGCAGGCUAUACAAAAUCCUUUCAAACAUAUCUCGACAGAAUAUAAACGAAUAAACAUGUUAAGAGAAAAUGGUUUGUACUUUUCUUCAUCGUCUGCCACUAUAGGCAAUCGACUAGAUUAUACAAAUCUUGAAAAUCGCACAAUACUUCAAAACAUCACAGUGAAGGAAAAAUAUAUUUCACUUAAGCGUUAUAUGAUUGUGUUUUUAGAAAAUAGUUCGGUUUUCGAUCAUAUAAUGGAGUAUAUUAACGAAUUGAAACUUGAAACCAAUUCUGUUAGUAACGUAAUGCAAACCGCGUUUUGGAAAGAAAAAGUUACUCAAUAUUCUCCUCAAUGUAUUGUUCUACCAUUACUUGUGUACUUCGAUGACUUCGAGGUUAAUAACCCUCUUGGUUCAAGGAAUGGCUACCAAAAGAUAGGUGGUGUUUACGUGUCGUUUCCGUUUCUUUCGCCGCUGUAUCGUUCCAAAUUAGAAAAUAUUUUUGUGACAUUAUUGUUUCAUACACUUGACAAAAAAGCAUACGGUAAUAGCGUCUUCCGGCCCCUAAUUGAUGAAUUGAAAGACCUUGAA